CUUUUAUUGAGGAUUUGAGCACAUCUUAUUCCCAAUUUACCAUUAGUAGCUUCCUACAAACUAGUAAAACACACGGAGUAUGAGCAACAAAUGAAAAAAAAAUCACACAUUUGACAUUUCCCUCCAUUCUUCUAAUCAAGUAUAGUUACAAAAGAUGAUAAAGAAAAUGGAGGAUUUGAGCAUAAUUAGCAAAUUGAUUACCAGCUCUUAUGUCUUAAUUCUUUUUUUUGGUGCUUCUUAUGUCUUAAUUCUUAAUGGUGUGUCUGAUUAAUGUAUAAACAAAAUGCAAUUUAUAAAACAACUAUCAAAUCCCCAGAAUAUUGGGAGCUUAUUAAAACUCUCAAAUAAACGGAAAAUCUGUGCGUUUUUCCGGCGCUUGCAUCUUGAUUCCUGCUACAAGACUGACACAUCUGAUCUAAUCUUUUCUAACAAUCGUGCAAUAGAUGAUCACAUCAAAUCAGGGUCUUUAGACUAUGCCCACCAACUGUUCGACGAAAUGUCUGUUCGGGAUGUUGUUUCUUGGAAUUUGCUAAUUUCUGGGUACAAACGCUAUGGAUUACCAGGGAAAGCGUUUGAAUUGUAUUCUGAAAUGUUAUCUCAAGGUUUUGCAGAAAGCCCAUCAACGUUUUCUUGUGUUAUGAGCAUUUGUAGUAACAAUGGGUUUUAUUUUGAGGGGAUUCAAGUACAUAGUAGAGUGAUUUCACUUGGGUUUUGUGGGAACUUGUACAUUGGGAGUUCUAUCGUUGAUCUUUAUGUGCAAAUGGGGUUUGUUGAUGAUGGGUUGAAAGUUUUGAAUGAAAUGCCAGAGAGGAAUGUUGCUGUUUGGAAUUUGGUUUUUCGAGGAUUUUGUAAAUUGGGUAUGUGGGAUGAGAUUAUAAGGUGUUUUCCUAGAGUUAAAUUUGAUGGGGUUAUGUUGAAUGGUCUUAUGGUUUGUUAUUUGCUUCAGGGUUGUUGUAAUGGGAACUUUGUGAUUCAAGGAGAACAGUUGCACUGCUUAGCUCUCAAGGCUGGGUUGGUUGAAUCGGAUCGGUUUGUUGCUAAUGCGUUGGUGGAUUUUUACUCUGCUUGCGGGACUUUGAGUGACGCUAGCAAAUCGUUUGAAAUUAUUCCUUAUGAUGCCGUGAUUUCAUGGAAUUCGAUAGUUUCUGCAUAUGCUAAUAGUGGGGUGUUGUCUGAUGCACUUGAACAUUUUGUGAGGAUGCACUAUUGGAGUAUGAAACCAUCUGUGCGUUCAUUUGUUGCGCUCUUGAAUUCGUGCAGCAAAAGUGAGAAUCUUUUUUUGGGAACACAGUUGCAUUGUUUUGUUCUGAAACUGGGUUUUGAUUGCGGAAGCAUCCAUGUUCAGUCUGCUCUAAUUGAUAUGUAUGGGAAAUGUUACGAGAUUGAGAGUUCGUUUAAUAUAUAUGAGGAGUGCACUUGUAAAACUAUGGAGUGCUGCAAUGCUCUUUUGACAUCUAUGUUACAUUGUAGUUAUGCUGAAGAGGUGGUUGAGUUGUUUAAAUUCAUGGGUUAUGAGGGAAUUAGAUUUGAUGAAUUCUCCUUGUCCACCACACUGAAAGCAUUGUCGGGAUCUUCCUAUAUGAGUUUAUCAAGUUGCACAUUGCUUCAUUCUCUUGCUAUUAAAAUUGGAUUCGAAUCUCAUAACGUGGUCUCUUGUUCACUAAUUGAUACAUAUUCCAAAUUGGGACAGGUUGAUCAUUCACGCGGUGUUUUUGAGGGUCUAUGUUCACCCAAUGUUGUCUCCUUCACAUCAAUUGUAAAUGGUUAUGCCUGUAAUGGAUUAGGAAAAGAGUGCCUGAAAUUGCUCGAAGUGAUGUUCCAAAAGGGUUUAAAACCAGAUAGAGUGACGUUCUUGUGUGUCUUGACAGGGUGCAACCAUUCAGGUUUAGUAGAGGAAGGAAGAAGGGUUUUUGAGUCCAUGAAAUCACUCCAUGGUAUUGAACCAGAUCCGAGGCAUUAUUCAUGCAUGGUUGAUCUCUUAGGCCGUGCAGGGUUGGUAUGUGAAGCUGAAGAAUUGUUAAAGCUGUCACUUAUAAGGGACAGUUCUUUAAUGUGGAGCUCAUUACUGAGAAGUUGUAGGAUACACAAGAAUGUUGUUGUUGGACAAAGAGUUGCAAAACGGUUGGUGGAGCUUGAACCAGGAAAUUCUGGAGUGUGCCUGCAAGUCUCAAACUUUUAUCUUGAAGUUGGAGAUUCUGAAUUGUCCAUGCAUUACAGAGACAUCUGGAUAGCAAGGCAAUCAGGCAGGGAGAUUGGUCACAGCUUUAUCGUUUGA